UUUUAGUUAAAAGAUUUAUGUCUGGUGUCAUAAUUGUUGCUGACCAAAGCACUUUGAGGGACUUCCAUGUAAGCUGAUGGUAUUGUUUUGAGCAGUUCCUUUAAAAAAGUACUUCAAACCCCAAAGAAAGAGGAGGAGGAUCUUGGAGAACCCCCCGCCUAGGAGAAGAAAUCUUUGGCAUUAUAGGAUGAAGGUGAUAAAACGGGAACUGUGCAGGAGCUGGCAUCAAGAGAUAGUUCAGGUAGAUGGGAGUCCAGAGGGAGCUCAGCCUCAAGAGGUGGUUCAGGAACCCAUUCAGGUGGAUGAAAGCCCUGAAGGAACUCAGCAAAUCUCACCAGUACGGCAGGAGCAAGAAGAUCAUUCCUCAGCAGCCCAGCUACCACCCUCUGCUCAAGAGCCGCAGGGAGGGAAUGAUAUCCAUGUGCAUCCACAGAGGCAGCCAGGGCAAGGAGGCACGGCCCCAGACAUGGGACCACAACCAACAGAGUCAGGCUGGGAGCUCCCAAAAGUGACUGUCAAGGUGCAGCCCCAGAACAUGAGCCAGGGGUGGGACUGCCCGGAGGUGACAGUGCAGGUGCAGCCUCAGAGGCCAAGCCCAGGAUGGGAAGCCCCAUCAGUGACUGUGCAGGUGCAGUUACAGCAGCAGGGCCCAGGGCCAUCUCUCCCACAAGUAACUGUACAGCUACAGCCCCAGGAGUGGGGACAAGGCACUGCUGGCAUCAAGGUCACUGUGCAGCUGCAGUUGGGCUGUGACCCAGAAGAGGUAACCUCCCUCCAGAACCAGUGUGAGGAAGUGUUAGAUAAUGGAGAACAGUGGACUGCCCCAAAAAAUCAGGGAGGGAUGAUGACAAGAUCUGAAAGUGAGAGAGAGCUUGCUGUGGUGGAACUAGUGCCACAGGGGGUUCUGAGCCAAAAACAGGAUCAAGGAGAAGUGGAAAAACCCCAGCAGGACCAGUGCCAAGAGGAAAGAGCAGAAGUGGUGAAGGUGCAUGACAUGCAGGCUGGAGACAAAGCAGACCUGAAUGGGAUGGUGACAGAGGAACAGCUGCAGGACCAGAGCCAAGAGCAGGAACAUCUAAAAGCAGACCAGCCUCUGCAAAAGGAAGACCAAAGACAUACUGUGAUGAGACAGGAGCAAGGUAAUAUCCAAGAAGGGUCCAGGGGGAUUGUAGAAGACCAGAAGGAAGACCUAGCACGAGAACAGUCCAAGAAACGUCCAAGAGAGUCUCCGAAUUAUUUUGUUGCUAUUCCAAUAACAGAUGAUCAGAUUUUGGACAGAAUUGAAGAUGUUCAAGAACUCAUAUUCUCUAAAGAGCCUGACCUGUCAAGAGCUCUCCUCCCUGUUCAAACUAUGCACCUUACUAUAAUAGUAGCUCAUCUGAGAACAGAAGAAGAAGUGAAAAAGGCUGUUCUGGCACUGAAGCAAAGCAAGACUAAAGUGGAAGGCAUCUUGCAGGGUAAAGACCUUAAUUUGACAUUCCAUGGGAUUGGAGAGUUUAAUAACCAAGUGCUAUAUGUGAAAAUGUUGGAGGAAGACCAGAAAAUGCUUAGCAGAAUUGCAGAAGCUGUGGAAGAAUGCUUUAUUGAAAUGAAUCUCGACAUUUCAGGAAGUAAGGACUUCAAACCACAUCUGACUUUCCUGAAGCUCUCUAAAGCAUCAAGGUUGAGAAGAAGGAGCAGUAGGUGCACAAAGCCCCUGGUACCAAGUGUGUGCAGCAUUGGAUACUUAGUCAUGAGGGGGAACAAGGCUGGCAGCAGAGGUUGGUGCCUGCAGAGAGAAAACAUUUACCAGCUGAUGCUUCAAACAGCAGCUGCAGCAUCCUCAGAUUCACCAGCUCCCACUCAAAGACCUUGCCUGAAUCGAUUCAACAUGCAGCAGGAAGGCCACCUGCAUCCAUAGAGGAGCCUACUCUAAGCAGAGAAACAUCUGGCCACAAGUAUGAAAAUGUCUUUACCCCACUGGGACCAACAAAGAUAAAGGUGAGAGCUCUGUGGGGUGUGAGAAGGGAGCAGA